AUGGAAGACGACGCUGGAAAUGGAGACUCUCGGAAACGCAUGAAGCUAUCGGACGAAGAGGAGAAAGGAGAUACGAGAGAUGGAAUGAGCCUUGAUACAGUUGAUAAUGAAGAAACUGAGACCACAAAACUUGUUGCUUCUGAUGAGAUGGAGCUUAACAUUGCUCAGAUUCUCGAUAAGAUUGAGAGCUUCACUCAGACUGUGUCUAACAUGCUGGAAUCAGGGAAGACAAUGUUCAAGGACCUCAGUAACGAAUUGGAAGAACGUUUGAUCAUGAUACACAAGGAACGUGUUGAGAAAUGGCAGGAGGAGAUCAGGGAGUUGCGCUUGCUUGAUUCGUCAAACGAGGAGACUGCUUCCCUCUUACACAACGCUCGAUUCCUGAUUCAGAAUCCAAGCAUUGAGCCUUGA